GAGUUUAAAUCUUCAAACUUCCUCAAAACCAUCAUCAUGAAAUAUUCCAUCUCGGUUGUGUUGAUUUUUACAGUGCUCGCAAGGGACCACGUAUCGGGAAACGAAGCAGAAGAAGCAUUGAGGAAACUAGAAUCAACUGUCAGCCAGACCUUGGAUAGAGGCAGAAGUGACCUCGACGAUUCUGUGAACAGAGUGAAACAGGCUGCCCAAACGGAAUACGACAAAACGUUGGAGACGUUGAAGUCCAUGCAGGAAAGCGCUCUGAUUGGGUUCGAGGAGAUCAAAAAGAGGGCGUUGGCAGCAGGAGUGAACAUCGAUGGCUAUCCUGGUGUUGACAGAUUGAGGAAACUGCAGAGUGGUGUAUCAAUGAAUCUGGAGGGUAUGCUUCGUUGUCUCGAUGAGCAGUCCAGCGAGGCCACCAAAUUGGCACGAAAUGCGUUGGACAAGAUACUGGAAGAAACUGCUGAUGUUGAUUCCCUUCGAGAGGAAGUUAGCAAAUGUAGUCCAACAAACCUGGGUUGUUUUGUUCAACCACUUCUGGAAAUGGGGAGGGGCUCACUUCAUGUUCCUCCAAAUAUAAUGUUCACUGUGAUCGAAACUGUACAAACGAUUCUCAGUUCGAUCACAACUAAUAUAAAUGAAUGUACCAAGAGUGCUGUCACUGGGAUGAGCUCUGAAGUGUCAAAUGUACUUGGCGAUUUCGAUGCUUUCGUUGCUGGAAAACCAAAACCUCGAUAAUAUAUUCAGUGAUUUUG